AUGAAUUUGAGCAAAUUCCAGGAGAUACUGGAGGACAAGGGAGCUUGGCAUGCUGCAGUUCAUGGCAUUGCAGAGUCAGACAGGACUGAGCAACUGACCAACAAGAGUCCAGUAGGUGCUCAGAUACAUGUUGAUUUUAAAAAACUGGAGAAACUACACUGCCUAGCAUUUGGUGAGAUUUUGGUAAUUUUUUUUAAAUGUAAUACCAGAAUGGCAGUUCUAUUCCUCAUUAUAGGAUCUCUAUAUCUCAAUCUGAGUUUACAUUAUAGAAGAAUCUGCCUUAUUUAUUUAGAAACAUGA